UGGUAUAAACAUCAGCGCUUGGCGGUAUUACUGCUUUCUGACCAUCUUUGAGCUACGCACCGCCCCUCCGACCUGUAAAUCUCUCUAGCAUUCAGUGGAGCGAGCGGCUCUGACAGGCACUAUCAACUGGCGGAUCUGCGCGACACUGGGCUGGAUCAAGGGGAAGGAAUGGGGACAGUCAGUUGCGAAGGCGACAUCACCCGAGCGCUUAUAUGUCAGAAAGCGAACACUCCGCUAGAUGAUGUCGUUUGUGUUUUCGCAUCGUGGCAACAGUUUGGGGACUUGAAAUAGCUUCUGCCAUUCAAAAACCAUCGAGGCUAUCGAUUAAAUUGGUGUUUAGAAAAGUGAAAUCAAUUUUCCACUGUUAAUCGACCCGAAUCCCUGGAUGGAAGACGACUUGAGAGGUCGGACAGAAACUGUUUGAAGAAAACAGCCCCUUUUCAAUGUCGCUGCGCCUAUCAUAAUCUGAAACACCAUUGGCAGCCUCGACGGCUGCUAGAUGAGACAGACCAUCUUUGCCAUGGCAUUGGUCCUGAAAAACUGGGAAAAGCUCUCAAAAUGAAAAGCGCUCAACGUUUGUCAUUACUGCGGAUUUAAAUGCCUCUCGCGAAUGGACACCGACCGGCUAUUUCGGUCCAGUUAGUGCGUGCGGCGUUUUCGACUGUCGUGGAAAUCUGAAAUAGAUUGAAAUAAACAUACAAUUAAUUAAGUGCGGGUGAGAAUAUACAACGUAUAGUUUUUUUAAAGCAAUAUGGCUGGUGAGUGGGGCUGGGGACGCUGGCAUAGGCUCUACAAGGCUCCUAGAUGCUAGCUGAGGCGGACGCCACCGUUACCCAUGGAAGCGGCAACUCUAUGAUGAGUAGAAAUAACUAUUUUAACAAAAAUCCGGACUCCUCGAUCUCUAUGUCCAAGAUGGACGUGAUCAUCCCCUUCUCGCCAGACGUGCCCUGCGACAACAAUGGCCAGCGCAUGUGGUGGGCAUUCCUCGCCUCCUCCAUGGUCACGUUUUUCGGAGGUCUCUUCAUCAUUCUCCUGUGGAGGACCCUCAAAUACCUGUGGACCGUCUGCUGCCACUGUAACAUCAAAAAGAAGGAGGCCCAGAAGGUAAAUAACCCUGCUAACAGUCAGGCAGCAGACAGUACAGCUAAGGGUCCUGAUGAGAAGGACGAAGUGGUCCCUGCCAGCGAGGUGGGCUGGAUGACCUCCGUUAAGGACUGGGCCGGGGUCAUGAUAUCAGCACAGACACUCACCGGCAGAGUCCUGGUUGUGCUAGUUUUCGCUCUCAGCAUUGGAGCACUUGGAAUAUACUUUAUAGAUUCUUCUGAUCCCAUAGAAUCCUGUCAGAAUUUCUACAAAGAUUUCACGUUACAGAUCGACAUGUUCUUCAAUGUCUUCUUCCUCCUCUACUUUGGCUUGCGGUUCAUAGCAGCCAAUGAUAAGCUGUGGUUCUGGCUGGAGGUCAACUCAGUUGUGGACUUCUUCACUGUUCCUCCUGUCUUCGUAUCUGUCUACUUGAACAGGAGCUGGCUGGGUUUAAGAUUCCUGAGAGCCUUGAGAUUGAUACAGUUCUCUGAAAUUUUACAGUUUUUGAAUAUCUUAAAAACAAGCAAUUCCAUCAAGCUGGUGAACCUGUGUUCCAUCUUCAUAAGCACAUGGCUAACAGCUGCCGGAUUCAUACAUUUGGUGGAAAACUCAGGGGAUCCUUGGGAAAACUUUCAAAAUUCCCAGUCACUUUCCUACUGGGAAUGUGUCUACUUGCUCAUGGUCACUAUGUCAACAGUGGGCUACGGGGACGUCUAUGCAAAAACCACCCUGGGUCGCCUGUUCAUGGUCUUCUUCAUCCUCGGGGGUUUGGCCAUGUUUGCCAGCUACGUCCCUGAAAUCAUAGAGUUAAUAGGAAACCGCAAGAAAUAUGGUGGUUCCUAUAGUGCGGUUAAUGGGAGAAAGCACAUUGUGGUUUGUGGUCAUAUUACACUCGAAAGUGUCUCCAACUUCCUCAAAGACUUCCUACACAAGGACAGGGAUGAUGUCAAUGUAGAAAUUGUUUUUCUCCAUAAUAUUUCCCCUAAUCUUGAGCUGGAAGCCUUGUUCAAACGGCACUUUACCCAGGUAGAGUUCUACCAGGGUUCUGUUCUCAACCCUCACGAUCUGGCCAGAGUGAAGAUUGAGUCAGCAGACGCCUGUCUGAUUCUGGCUAAUAAGUACUGCCCAGAUCCCGAUGCUGAAGACGCCUCCAACAUCAUGAGGGUCAUCUCUAUCAAGAACUAUUCCCCCAAGAUACGAAUUAUCACUCAGAUGUUACAAUACCAUAACAAGGCUCACCUGCUCAACAUUCCUAGCUGGAACUGGAAGGAGGGGGAUGAUGCUAUCUGUCUAGCAGAGCUGAAGGCUGGCUUCAUAGCUCAGAGCUGUCUGGCCCAGGGUCUCUCCACCAUGCUGGCCAACCUCUUCUCCAUGAGGUCCUUCAUCGAGAUUGAAGAGGACACAUGGCAGAAGUACUAUUUAGAAGGGGUAGCUAAUGAGAUGUACACAGAGUAUCUGUCCAGUGCCUUUGUGGGGCUCUCCUUCCCAGCAGUCUGCGAGCUGUGCUACGUGAAGCUGAAGCUGUUGCUUAUCGCCAUCGAGAACAAGUCGGAGCAGGGAGAGAGCAGCAUCCUCAUCAACCCGGGGAACCACGUAAAGAUGCAGGAAGGAACUCUGGGGUUCUUCAUCGCCAGUGAUGCCAAAGAAGUAAAGAGAGCAUUUUUCUACUGCAAAGCUUGUCACGAUGACAUCACAGACCCCAAACGGAUCAAAAAGUGUGGCUGCAAACGACUGAUUUACUUAAAGGAUGAAGUUAGAUCGUCUUUACAAAACCCAUCAAUUAAAAUCUCCAACUGCACCACGCCCUCCUCCUGCAUCACGUCUAACGCCAUUCACCCCCAAGCACCGCCUCGCCCCUCCCGCCACAAGGACCCCCUGGCCACCCGGGACACGGACCCCGCCGUACUCCUCGUUAAUAACCGUAAAGGAAGCCUGCUUCCUCCGAGGGUGGGGCUGGGUCUUGGGCCCCACGGGGGGCUCCGCUUCAGUAUCUCCGGCCCCAGCAGGGGGGACGGGAUGGGCCGGGCCCUGGCCGAACAGAGCAGGCUGAACCGGGCCCGGAGCCUGCCGGUGAAAUACCGCUACCACCCCAGUAACGCAGCGCUGCACGACCACAGCAGCAGUAGGGCCUUUGAAGACGAGCACCCGUCAACUCUGUCGCCCAAAAAAAAGCAGCGGAACGGAGGCAUGCGAAACUCACCCAACAACUCCCCCAACAUGAUGAGCAGGCAUGACCCUCUACUAAUCCCUGGGAACGAGCAGAUGGAGAACAUGGACAUGAACUUGAAGCAGUAUGACUCCACAGGAAUGUUCCACUGGUGUCCGUCUAAAGAGAUCGAGAAGGUCAUCCUGACCCGGAGUGAGGCAUCCAUGACGGUGUUGAGCGGCCAUGUGGUGGUCUGUAUAUUUGGAGAUGUCACGUCCGCUCUAGUGGGGCUGCGAAACUUGGUGAUGCCUUUGAGAGCCAGCAACUUCCAUUAUCACGAGCUGAAGCCCAUAGUGUUUGUGGGCUCGCUGGAGUACCUGAGGAGAGAGUGGGAAACUCUACACAACUUCCCCAAGGUCUCCAUACUACCUGGUACGCCAUUAAGCCGUGCAGAUUUAAGGGCUGUCAACAUCAACCUCUGCGACAUGUGCGUGAUACUGUCGGCCAAUCAGAACAAUAUCGACGACGCCUCGCUGCAGGAUAAGGAAUGCAUUCUGGCGUCGCUCAACAUAAAGUCUAUGCAGUUUGACGACAGCAUCGGGCUCUUGCAGGCUAACUCCCAAGGUUUCACGCCUCCUGGAAUGGACCGGUCCUCUCCAGACAGCAGUCCAGUACAUGGUUUAGCACGCCAGGCCUCCGUCACCACCGGCGCCAACAUCCCCAUCAUCACUGAACUCGCUAAACCUGGCAAAAUACUGCCUUUGGUUUCAUUCAGUCAGGAAAAAAAACUUGGAAUCAACAUACAAAUGAUAACUGAGCUGGUGAACGACUCCAACGUUCAGUUCUUGGACCAAGAUGAUGACGACGACCCGGACACAGAGCUGUACCUGACGCAGCCCUUCGCCUGUGGAACCGCCUUCGCUGUCAGCGUGCUGGACUCUCUCAUGAGUGCAACAUACUUCAACGAUAAUAUCCUCACCCUGAUCCGGACGCUGGUGACUGGGGGAGCCACCCCAGAGCUAGAGGCUCUACUGGCUGAGGAGAACGCCCUGCAAGGGGGCUACAGCACGCCACAGACACUGGCCAACCGAGACAGGUGUCGUGUUGCCCAACUGGCCCUGUACGAUGGGCCCUUUGCUGACUUGGGGGAUGGUGGUUGCUAUGGAGAUUUGUUCUGUAAAGCAUUGAAGACAUACAACAUGUUGUGCUUCGGAAUCUACAGAUUGAGAGACGCUCACCUUGCCACACCUAGCCAGUGUACCAAACGGUAUGUGAUUACCAACCCUCCGUAUGAGUUUGAGUUGGUCCCCACAGACCUGAUCUUCUGUCUGAUGCAGUUUGACCACAACGCGGGCCAGUCUCGGACCAGCCUUUCCCACAGCUCCCACUCCUCCCAUUCCUCCAGCAAAAAGAGCUCGUCCGUCCACUCCAUCCCCACCACCAACCGCCAGAACCGCAGCAGCAAGGCUCGGGAGGCUGGCCACAAACAGAAUGCAACAAGGAUGAAUAGAAUGAGCCAAGAAAGGAAAUGGUUUACAGAUGAACCAGACAAUGCCUACCCACGGAACAUUCAGAUCAAGCCCAUGAGCACUCACAUGGCCAACCAAGUCAACCAAUACAAAUCCACUAGCAGUCUGAUACCACCAAUCAGAGAAGUUGAAGAUGAAUGCUGAAAACCAGGCCCGCUUGAUGACUCGUGAGAAAGGAGAUAAGAGAUGGCGAACAGGGAUGAUGAUGAUUAAUUGGUCCCCACUCAUUCUACAGAUCAAGGGUUUGACAUAAACACCACAACUGGAAGGGGCCUCCUAUGUGUAUACCUGUAAUGUUUUUGAAAUUAUUUGAAGAGUUGAAGAGAGAAGAUUAAGUACUUCCUGUAAUUAUUUGCAAUCGUUCAUCACCUCUUCGUGUGACCAGACUCCAUGGCUACUGUAUUUUGAGGUUACUACUUGUUGUUGGAGGAUGAGGGUCACGGCAGUUUGCUCAUCGUUCACCACAUCUCCCAAAAACGCCAUUGGGGCUGACCACUCAUACACCGUGUCUGUUUCUGUUCUAUUUGCACUAAAACUGAUCACGUUAUUUUGCAACACAACGAUGGGAAACAUUGACAUCUCCCCAAAACAACACCCAUCACAGAAAUGUGAACUUUUUGGUUGUCGAUUCACUUUGUCAUUUGAAGAGGUGUACAGAUCCAUUACAUCACUGCUUAGGGUAUGCUACUGUAUGUCAACAUGCUGUUGAGUAAUCAUCUGAAUGAAUGCAUUCGAGUCCUGUAGAUCAUAUUGUAAAUCAGUUGUCUUGAGACUCAGAGUACUGUAAGAGAUAGUUCUGGGAUAAGCUGGUUGACCGUAUAUGGCUACAUUGUACCUACAUCUGUUCUGGGGACAUCACAAUGGCUAUGGAUCAUAAUGAUGUCUUUGACCGUGUUUCAAGCUCCUAUCAUCGCAUGGUGCCUGAGCCCUUUUAUAACAAUACAGCGCAGAUGAUCAACUUAACCUGAAAACAUGAAAGGGGAUGAAGGACAACCUUGUCCUAUCCCUUAUGUGUAAACAUGAAAGGGGACGAAGGACAACCUUGUCCUAUCCCUUAUGUGUAAACAUGAAAGGGGACGAAGGACAACCUUGUCCUAUCCCUUAUGUGUAAACAUGAAAGGGGACGAAGGACAACCUUGGCCUAUCCCUUAUGUGUAAACAUGAAAGGGGUGAAUGGACAACUUUGUCUCGUCCCUUGUGAACACGUUAAUUGAGUGAAAGGACAGCCUUGUACACAUCUUGCAUAUGGCAUGUGUGUACUGUACGUGCAGCAAUGUGUCCCCUCAACAAAAACAUUGGUGGAACAUCUGAGUUAGUGUUAGUGUCGUCAUCUCUCCAUCAGUGUGUAUGUGAUGGUGGUUCAGCCUCUGAGGGAGCAGCAUGUGGGAUCAAGGCUUCAAACAUGAAUGACGUAUAGGAACUAGCUCUGUCUGGGGGUUGCCAAUCAACUAAUGAACUAAGCAAACACUUUUCUUUGCUCACCAUCAUGCCCAAUCACAUCACCAAUAAUACACCAUCUAUGAUUGAGCUUAAUAAAUGUGAACAAACAUUAGCUGUGUGCCCUAAAAAUGUAAGGGAAGCAUUUAAGCUGAAACCUAUUUAAUAACAAAAGAAUAAGCAUAUAAUUUCAAUAUUUUUUUGUCUGUUGAGAAAUUUGGAGAAACAAUGCCACAUAUUGCGUAAAAUGGGCAUCAGUGGGUCCUCCUUUGACCAGCUCCACCACUGCCUGGCACAGGGUUGGUAACAGAGGCAGCAAAGAGCUUGGGUGUUCUCCGCUGCCAAUCCUGAUGUCAUCAUGACACCUCUAAACACUGUUGGUAAACAUUAAGGGAAAAGCUCAAUCACUGAUGACGAUGAAGAACGCUGGAGAAUACUGCCUGUGUUCUUCAUGUCAUUCUGGUCAAGGCACAAGACAGUGCGUGUUAAAAAUGGACCGUUUCUAUUUUGUUUUUGAUCCAGAGCAACCCAGACAGAGCUGCAGCCUUGGGGAGGAGAGGGUAUGGUGCCACAGAUGAACCAACUCAAUUCUUAACCUAGAUACUUUAUCCAUACAAAUAUGAUUAUUUUAUAUUCAUAUGAUCAUAAUCAUGUUGUACUUAUUUUUACACAUGACGUAGUGAGAAACACUUUGUGAAAGCAAUCCAUUAUUAUUAUUAGGCCUAUAAUUACAGAUUAUUUUAUUUCUAAAUUAAUCACUGUAUUUAACAUAAUCAUACCAAAAUUAUUCAUAUAAAUUCUGAAAUGCUUAUAAUUAGAAAUGCAUCAUUGAGGAAGAGUAGAAGUCCCCUCUCUUAUCCCUGAUAAAGUAUAGUAAUUAAGGGCGCUAUUCAAUCCAUAUUGCAGAAGUUCAACAUUACAGUUUGAUUGAAAUGUAAAGGCAAUGUUUAGCAGAGACUGCAUUCACGAUAAACGCUGCAUAUGUCCAGUGGUGGAACAAGUACUUAUUUUCAUACUUGAGUGAAAUUAAAGAUACCUUAAUAGAAAAUUACUCAAGUAAAAGUGAGUCACCCAGUGAAAUACUACUGUAGUAGUACUUCAAAGUAUUUGUCCUUAAGUACUUUACACCACUACAUAUGUCGGCUCAAUCGGAAAUUACAUUUACAGUUCUAUCGCACAAUCUGUAACGCUUCAGUGAUACAGAUUGACUAGAGCCCUAAGUCAAUAUUGUAUAACAGAUAACAUAAAUCUAAUGAGAGUCCUAAGUCAAUAUUGUAGAAGAGAUAACAUAAAUCAUGUGAGAGCCCUAAGUCAAUAUUGUUGAAAAUAUAUCAUAAAUCUUGUGAGAGCCCUAAGUCAAUAUUGUAUAAGAGAUAACAUAAAUCUAAUGAGAGCCCUAAGUCAAUAGUGUAUAGGAGAUAACAUAAAUCUAAUGAGAGCCCUAAGUCAAUAUUGUAUAAGAGAUAACAUAAAUCUAAUGAGAGCCCUAAGUCAAUAUUGUAUAAGAGAUAACAUAAAUCUAAUGAGAGCCCUAAGUCAAUAGUGUAUAGGAGAUAACAUAAAUCUAAUGAGAGCCCUAAGUCAAUAUUGUAUCGGAGAUAACAUAAAUCUAAUGAGAGCCCUAAGUCAAUAUUGUAUUGGAGAUAACAUAAAUCUAAUGAGAGCCCUAAGUCAAUAUUGUAUCGGAGAUAACAUAAAUCUAAUGAGAGCCCUAAGUCAAUAUUGUAUAAGAGAUAACAUAAAUCUAAUGAGAGCCCUAAAGUCAAUAUUGUAUAAGAGAUAACAUAAAUCUAAUGAGAGCCCUAAGUCAAUAUUGUAUCGGAGAUAACAUAAAUCUAAUGAGAGCCCUAAGUCAAUAUUGUAUCGGAGAUAACAUAAAUCUAACUCUGAGCUUCUGUAUCAACUGUUGAGUGCUCCUCAAAACGUAAAUGGGCUUAGUUGAAGGAUUUCUGUAGCUGUAUUGAUAAACUUUAUUGUACUGCUCAUUUUCAUCUCUAAGCAAAUACAAAUAUUGUUGUCUGAGACAAACAUAAAUGUGACGUAAACAAUCACUGGGUGUAAAUAAUACCCAGACAGUGAGCCAAUCGGAAAGGUGCAUGAAGCGCCGAUCUGGGGCAUUUAGGCAUUCGUUCUGUUCUGAGAGUAAAACUGGGUGACCUCUACUAUCAAUGAUUGACCUAAAUUAGGUCUCUUAGUAAGGAGAGAUACAUUGAAGUAUUGUUUUGUGGGUGUCUAAUGUCAUUCUUCAUGAAUGUGCGUUUCUAACUAUGUGACAGAUAGUUGGAACAUCAUCAGAUUGUUUGCAUUGAACAAAUAGCCAUGAUAUUAUAGACUAAGAUAAUGUCUUUCUAAAGACCUGUCAUUCUUGACAAAAAAAGGACAUAUAUUUGUGUCUCAAUAUGUUGUGUAUAUUCAGCCAUUAUAUAGAUUUUUGUGAAGCAAAAUGUCCUGAGCUUUCUGUCUGUCUAUUGGGUGUGGUGCGACUGCUCAUAAACAUUUUGUCCUGACGUGAACUUCUGAAGCUUUUCUGCUUACAUUGUUGUCACACUUUGUAGCAAGUAUAAUUAUUUUCAGAAAGUAUGUGAGUAAAAAUGUGUAUAUAAUUGGGUUGUUAAUAAUAUACUCGCUAGACUGAAAAACAAGGAAUUAAUAUUUGACACUGACAAUGACUUGACUUGACACAUACUAUUGACGAAGGACAAACUUAUUGUUUUGUCAUAAAUGGAAAAAAAUGUAAACUUGACUUGAGCAGGUUUAACAGGACCUGGUUAUAUGAACCAUCACAGAGGUGCAGACAUAAGCUGGUACCAGUUCAGCAAAGCUUAUCACAGUACAGAGAGAACAUACUUCAUUUGUUUUCUUGUUAAAAUAGUUUCUUUAUCAGGGUUUACAUUCCAUUUUGUCAGCUCUCGUCAUUUAUGUCACCAUAGUACUAUCCAUGGAUUGUUUGAAACUAAUUUGUGUUAUUUGUUUACAGUUUGAUUUUUGAUUUUUGAUUCAGAGGUACUUAAAUAAUUAUCACUGUACUCAGAAAUCAAAUGGUACAAAUCACAACCCAAACAGAUGCAUACUUACAGAAUAAUCUACCAGUGCAUUUCAUUACAUCUGAAUGUUUUUUUAUUUUCAAUACUUGUACCCACAAUUUGUGUGACUGUUUUGACUCAAACUGGAAAAUACACUGGAUUGAAACCUGUUCUUACAGUAAGAUUGAUCUCUUUUUGGCACAAAUACUCCACAAAUCUAUGGUACUGCUGUAUACCAUAUAAUAUGUUUGUACACGUCUUUGCAAUGUACGCCUCUAAAGUUAGUGUUUUGAAGUGCCAUGGAAAGUGUUGUUGAACAAGCAUCAUUCAGUCAUUCACUGGCUCACUAACUCAGAAUGAGUAGAGAUUGAGUUAGUUCUUCUCAGAAAGGGAAGUAAAUGUGUAUGUGAUUUAUACUGGCGUGGAGAACAUCCAAGCCAUCAAUGCCCCCAUGCCAGUAUAGUGCCAGGCAGUGCUGUCGGUCAAGAGGAGGGCCCAUUUCAAGACCCACUAUAGCGAAAAGUGGCAUUGAAAAGGAAGGAACAUGGGGCAGGGACAUGGGGCUCAUCAAAGUAUCAUACAUCUGUGUUGGUCGUACUGUCUGUAGCUGAAGGUACCUAUCUUGUUGUUAGGAGACUGCAGGGAGAGAUGUUAAACCAUGUUUGUUGUGUGGUAGGUCUGAAUGACUGAAGGAUGCACAGAGAGCACAGGCCAGGGUGUUUCAUGUGGCUCUGGAGUGUUUUAGUCCGCUUAAGAUGGUCAGGACUAUGAAACGUCACAUCACUGUUACAGUAUGUUACAUAUUUUUGUUUAUCUAUUUUGUUACUGUAAAGGAUGGAUAAAAUAACUUAUUUGCUGGAAAAUGUACUAGAUGUAAUAAAAUGUAUAAAACUAUGGGGGGAUUUAAGUCUUAACAACACAUUGAAAUUGCAGGUGGCAAUCUUUGUUGAUUUUUUUAGGAAAAAAAGAAACUUGCAGUAUUUUGUGGGGGGGGGGGCUGCCUGUCAGUUCGGGUGGAAUUCAGGACAUUGCUCUCACACGUCUCAUAUCUGAUUCUUUGGCACAUGGUCUACUUAGUUUGGAUAGAUACAUGGAGGAUUUGAUGGUGCUGGGUAGAUCUACCUGACUCUGUCAAAUAUAAUCCGCUGAUAAAUAUACUGUCUUGUACAAAAUGUUUGUACAUAAAUUGUACAUGGUUUCUUUUUGUAUUUUCUCAAAUUAAAAUGGAUGUAUUUGUGUUCUAAAACUGGAA